AUGCUCCCCACCCCAACAACCUCCCACGUCUCUUUCGACCGCAUCUACGAACCCUCUGAAGACUCCUACCUCCUCCUCGACACCCUCUCAUCCCCUUCCGAGUCCACCUUCCUCUCAACCCACUUCCCAACCUCAACUCCACCUCCCCUCCUCCUUGAAGUCGGCACCGGUUCAGGCGUAGUCCUCGCGUUCGCACUCGCUCACGCCCAGAGAAUCUUCGGACGAAUCGACCUCGCCGCUCUAGGCACAGACGUCAACAUCUUCGCCUGCAGCGCCACAGCUCAGACCGCCACGCUCGCACGGCAGGAGAAUCUGAAGACAGCGGGUUCGUGGUUGGAUGCUGCGCAAGCUGACUUAACCACGCCUUUACGGGCGGGAUGUGUGGAUGUGCUGAUCUUCAAUCCGCCUUACGUGCCUACAGAUAGCCUGCCCAACGCUGAGUUCUCCGCCGCGGCUGGUGAAGGAGAGUUUGAGAGGGACUCGCAUCUUCUGUCACUCUCUUACGCGGGCGGGAAGGAUGGUAUGGAAACGACGGACCGCUUGUUGGAGCAGAUCCCGGAGGUGUUAAGUCGGCGCGGCGUGGCGUAUGUUUUGCUCUGUGCGCAGAAUCGGCCGGAGGUAGUGAUGGAAAGGGUGAGGGCUUGGGAGGAGGGAAGGGGAGGGUGGAGGGCGGAGAAGGUGGGUGUUAGUGGGAUGAAGGCGGGAUGGGAGAAGUUGUGUGUUGUGAGGAUUUGGAGGGACAAGUGA